CGCCUUUUGACAUUUUUCUCUUGUAAGGAAGUUUUAUUUUCAUUUCUAUUUACAGAUUUAUGGUUUUAAUAAAAAUAUUUAUGAAGAAACGAAAAAUAAAUAAACGCAUUGAGAGAUAAACGAUCGUUUUAAAAACUAAAUCGUGUUUCAAUUCAUCGUGCAAGGGUUCAAUAAACUUGUAAGUCAGAUCGGUAGUGAGGCCUUUUAGAAAUGUCAUUAUUGGUUAUUGAUAUUUAUAGCGAAUGUUUAGUGUAUUUUAGCUAAGUUUCUCAGUUGUUAUUAGUGUUUAAAUAUACUGAUAUGGAUAACCAAAACCCCCAAGAGAGGACUGUUCCAAUACAAUACGUUCGUGGAUCAAGAGCUUUUCGUCAGUUUAAGAAUCCGCCCCAGCCUCAUAUGUGCAUUCAAGACACAAUAAAGGAUACAACAGAGAAACUUUACAUAAACGUACUGGGAUGGCAGAAAAUCGCUAACCCCAAACAAUAUUCGGAUCCAAUACCCUUAUAUGGUGGGAUGCAGGUACAUCAAGGCUGUGCGCCUAACAGUAAUCGACCUCCAUUGCUAGUAUUUGCAGUAAUGGUUAACCCUGAUAUAUUGAAAGCUAAUGGCAAAAAUGCUUCCAACCCAACGGAUAGGGAAGCUUUAGUCAGUCUGUUAUGUGACUUCGUGGAGGCUAUGAACCCUGGGCUGGUGCUAACGAGGAAUCCUGUUAUAUUAAAAGAUAGAGAUUUAGCUGGGGAGCUGAAAGAUGUGUGGCUGGCCGUACAAAACAAAAGGGAACGAGAAAAAGGCUUAAAUCAAGACGUUAUGUAUAAGGUUUAUGAUAUUGAUGGUAUUGGAAAUGAGGAUGUCAAUGAAGACGAUCAAACAAAUGGCAGAAACUGUAAACCAUACGAUAAUGGAACUACGAACCGAACACAGAACUGUGAGAAGAAGAACACAGUGAAAUCAUCCAAGCAGAUACUCAAAAAUGCUGGUCAGAAGUCUGAAUUUGAUUCAGGAAUGAACAACUGUCAAUUGAAUCAAAAUCAUUUGAACAGAGACAAUAGAAGUGGGAACACAGAUGCAGACACAACUUACUGUACACCUGUGUAUGGACAGAUAGUGUCAAGUAGAGAAAAUCACAACCAAAUCAAUGACAUACAACAGAAAUUCUCAACAAAUGAAAUGACCAAACCAUCUAGUUCAUUUAAAAAAGAUUGGCAAUCUCCACCAGGGAAACCUUCACAAGGUUGGGAUGAAUUUUCAAAACGCAUUCUAUCAAUAAAACCAAAUGACGGUGAAAUUAAAAAGCAAAAAUCUAAGACAGAAAAGACAAACAAACCAGUGAGCAAUGGCAAGUCCCAUUUCGAUUUUUUCCCAGUGUUUGACAAUAAAACUACUGUAAGCGAUGAGCCCCAGACGCCGACAGACGCUACAGGUAAAAGUUUAGUAAAGGAACAAGAAAUAGAAAAUGAAGACAAUUCUAAAAUAAUUAUAGACCCAAUGCAGAAGCUAGUUCUGCAUUCGACUGAUAACAAAUUAUGUGAUAAUAAGACAAGUGCUCUCAGCUCAUUUAGCUCAUAAUUUCAUAGCUUUUACAGAAAACUUUUGUAUGGCGAUAUGUAUUGGCUUAAAUGUUGUUUACGAGACAUGUAUUUAAAAAUAGGAUGAACAAGGUGGCUAGUCAGUACACGGAUAGAACAAAAUAGUGAUUCAGAUUUAUUAUUUUAUUAUGUGGAAUGUAUCAAUAGUUUGCAUGUGUUAGGAUGGAUACUUUUAAUCAUAAAAUCGACCAAUUUAAAUUAAUUUUUCAAUCUCAUUCUGAUCCUGAUGUCUCGUGAUGAUGAGUGUAUUGUUGUGUGGAGCAGGAACCGAAGUGCGACAUAUAUUACAAUAUCUGCAUCUCUGUUGGCCAUUUUUUCUAGUUACAGGCACUGAGAUGAGGAUAUUGUAAGGUUAAGGAUAUUUUUUGCAUGCAGUGUGAUUGCUAAAGACAAUGGUUGUGUAUUUUUCUUAGUGUUUUAUAAAAUGGUGGCCAAAUCCACGAUUUCCAAGCACUCAUUUUUGUAUAGUAACUGAGUGAUUUUGUAUAUUGCUGUAUAUUUUUCAUUGUUGCCAAUUUUAUAAUGAAAUAUCAAAAUUCGAAUAUUAAAUUUAUUGCUCAUUAAAUUAAACUUCGAGAAAGAAUUAUUUAAAAUUAUCGAAACUGACAAUCAAUGUAAUUAUUUGCAUUUAAGAGUUUUCGCUUAUUACUAAAUAUGAUCUCUUAAUAAUUAUAAGAAAUUGUUAUAAAGUUUGUCAUUCUAUGCGAAUGUUGCCCACGAGUAUCCAACACUGCCAUGUGACGCUUCAUUCUCCCCUUUCCACUUGUAUCCAGAUACAUUACUUUGUCUCCACUCUUUGAACUUUAUAAAUAGUAUUAUUACAUGUUUGUUAUAUAGAUUAUAGAGAUAGUUUACACAGAUAUAGUAUGUACUAAGUUUUUAUAUUAUGUGCAAUUUUAUAAGUCGUCUUUUUAUUUUUAAUCAACGUCGCGCGAGUGCCGGCCCCGCGGAGGCUCGCCGACACGUGGACAUGUUUAUCAUUUUAAUAUAUUUGAAACAGAAAUGUGUCUGUCGUUCAGAUUUUCUAUAAUCAUUUUAUUAUUACAUUUUCUUAAAGUUUUGUAAUUAAUUCAAAUAUAUUCAAUGAAUGGUACACGGCUGUUAUCACAUAAUAUUUCGAGUGAUAAAUAUUCAAUUAAAAUAAUGUACUAAUUAUGUCUCAUUACCCAAAAGACUAUCAACGAAUUAUUAUUAAAUGUAAUAUAUCGAAACGAAAGCCCAAAAAAUUAAAUAUUUAUAAAUUUAGUUUAUGGACAAUACUCACAAACAUUAGAAGCACUGACGACUUCUGUAGCUUAUAAUAGAGCUUCUGGCAAAAUAGACAUUUGAAAGUCAUUAAAAAGUGCUAACCAAGCUUUACAUUAAAAUUUAUACGAAACAGUUAAUGCGACAGUCAACGACCUCGCCUCGCAUCGCCCUGUGCUGUUGUCGUUCGGAAGUUAUUGCGAUUAAUUUAUAAAAUAAACUCGGCCUGAUUGAAUCAUUCCUUUAGUAAAGAUAUAAAGUCGUAAUACAUGUUGUUUUUACAAAAUUAGAGAAACAAAUAAUAUUUUGUAUUAUAUUCGCGUUAUUUACAAGUUUAAUUCGCGUUGAUUGCAUUUAUUUUUCACAGAAAAUAUUUUUUGUAUAUUUUUUGACAUGGUUCUUUAUCGUUUAGACUUAGUUUUGUAAUUGUACUGAAGUAUUUCUGAUUUAUGAUUAGUUUUAGAUUUGUAUCAGUGUAGCCAUAUAACGCGGUGUCAAAUGUUUAUGUUCCUUUGCUAUUGAAAGCUUUUUAAAUAUAUAGAUUAUUAUGGUUGGUUUUAGCUGAUGUAACUCUGUAGCUAGUCUUAUGUUUGCAAUAUUGUAAAACAGCAAUAGCGUUUAUUCGUUUGAAGUGUCAAGACUCGUAUAAUAAUUUGGUUUGAAUGCAAUAAUUAUACAUGUACCGAAAUUAAGUUGUUUAGCUGUACUUCUAAAACGUGUCAGUAAUAUUUGUACAUUGUACCUUAUGGUUAUAAAGGAAUUACUAUCGGAUCUCUUGUUUACCUACAGUAUUUAAAAUUACAUGUCAUUUACAAGACUG